UGCUUUACGGACCCUCGAGAAAACAUCUAUUCUUCGGCGAGCGACAAAGUGUGUAAAAUACGAUUGCGAUGAUUGGCUGGACAGUUCAAUCCGCCUGCGUGUUUAAAUAGGGUGGCGAAGGGUGUUUAGAGUUAUUCGUUGAUUUGAAAUUUUGAGCUUGAACUACUCUUAAUACUAAAACAGAUCAAAGAUGUCAGGACGUGGUAAAGGAGGCAAAGUGAAGGGAAAGGCCAAGAGCCGAUCAUCCCGUGCGGGACUGCAGUUUCCCGUGGGUCGUAUCCACCGUCUGUUGAGGAAGGGCAACUACGCCGAGAGAGUGGGAGCCGGCGCCCCUGUGUAUCUGGCCGCCGUUCUUGAAUACUUGGCCGCCGAAGUCUUGGAGCUGGCAGGCAACGCCGCCCGCGACAACAAAAAGACCAGAAUCAUCCCCCGUCAUCUGCAGCUGGCCAUCCGCAACGACGAGGAAUUGAACAAACUCCUGUCCGGCGUGACCAUCGCCCAGGGUGGUGUCCUGCCCAACAUCCAGGCCGUGCUGCUCCCCAAGAAGACCCAGAAGUCAGCCAGCAAGUAAAAAGUCUGUGUACGACUUGUAUAUACCAAACGGCCGUUUUCACGGCCACCCAAUUUUUUCGAAAAGAUGCCUCUAAGAUCAGACGCCAAGAAACGAAACUUGAAUAAUUUUAUUAUAAUAGUA